AUGUUAUUUGAUUAUUCAUCAGUAGUCAAUGCAUACGAUUUUCAAUGUUUAACAUGUGACAAUUUUAUUGAUGGACCGGGCUGCGGAGAAUUUACUAAACAAAUACCCGUACGAGCAUGUAGAACAUUUUGUUAUUUUGCUAUUAUAUAUAAUCGUUCGUUAUUAUCAUCAUCCGAAUCUAAACGUCAAGUACUUCCGAUGAAAUUAAUACGAGCUAUACGAGAUUGUUCACCAUAUGAUGAUAUGUCAAUUGAAGGAAAUAUUCUACUUGAAUCCAAAGUCGGCUCAUUAUCAUCUUCAUCAUUAUCGUCGACGUCUUCGUCUCCUCCUUCUCAUAUCGAUAUAAUAACCAUAAAACGAUGCAACAGUGAACAGUGUAAUAACGAGUUUUAUUUAGAGUCGAACGAUUUUCUAUACAGCCUAGGUUCAUCAUAUCGGCGAAUAUCAUUUCCACUUCUGUUUGUUUUGUUUAUGAUUAUUUUUUAUUUUAUGAGCAUGUUUUAA